GAGCCGAGACAGAGGUCGAUUCGCGCUACCGGCUUCAAGAGGUGGCUGCGCAGCGACGGUGGCAAAUACAAGAACGUGAUGGGCGGGAAGACGAACUGGGUCGGUGGCACCGUGCCGUUCCCGCUGAACCCGGUGUUCCGCCCGUCGGCGCCGCUGCCAGACACGAUCAAGGAGCAGAUCUACAAGGACUACCGGGCUGACCCUCUGGCCAACACCCCGCGUGGCGCGGCCCAGAAGAAGCUGACCGCUGCUAUGGAGAGCAUGCUGGGUGUUGGAACUGCCAAGAAGCUGCGCGAGGGGCUUGUUACAGAGAUGCCUCGGGUGUCUGGUCCCCGAUUCCACGCUGUGCCCGAGGGCAAGCCGUUCUCGGCUGCUGAUGCCGCCGAUGUGCUUGGCCGCAAGCCCUACCAGCAUAUCAUCGACCGU